CUCGUCUUGCCGGCGACCUUUCCUUUUCUCCUGGGGAAAAGAAGACACAGCACCUCUUUUGUGCGUUAAUCGGCACUCUCAUUGAGAGCAGAGCCUGUCAGCUCCCGUUUUCCUGACCCUGUUGGCGUUUGAGGCCGCGCCCGUCCUGUGGGUGCUCUUCUGCGUCACCCCCAAGUCGACACUACCUACCGAGCGACCGACCGACCGACUGACUAGCCUGCUCAGCCUGCCUGCGCACCCUCGUCACUCGACAAUCGACUCCAGUCUUCAGCCUCCACCCAACCGCGUCUGCUGCCCCCGGCCCCUCGAGCCCAGCCUUUGCGACAACCACCGCAUCACGCCCCAAAGUGACUCGACGACGCAGCUGGCGCCUUGUUCCUUUGAGGAAUUCACUCCCAGCGCAUUUGUCGGAUGAUGGCGGCUGUACCCGCGCCAGCUCAGUCCGUCGAAGCUACUGCGACUCCUGCUGCUCAGCCUUCACAGACAGAAGAUGCCAGCCACGACGUUGACGCAGUCUCGCGAGACGCCCGUCCCGCACCCGAGAUCGAGUUGAACGGCGAGUCCCCCGCCAACGUCGUCGUGGACAAGCUAGUCAACGACAUUGUCGAUGAGGUAGUCAAUUCCGCCGAGGUUAGCGUCAGUGGGGGAUCCGAUACCGAAGCAUCCAAGUCCAGGCAUGACGACAAGGGCCAUGUCAGGUCAUCAUCGGUCAAGAAGCCCACGUCCUUCAAGUCGGUCCCGAUCAACAAGAGUUUUCAGGCCAAGCUCGCAUCGAGUAGCGCUGCGACCAAGGCCCCAGAGAAGACGCCGUCCACUGCCUCGUCGGCCGCAGGCCCUCCAAGCACCUCGUCUACGCCCAAGCCGAGAUUAGUUGCCAAGACGACAGGAACUCUGCGUGAUGCAUCCAAGUCAUCGGCCCAGAACGGCCGGCCCGCACCAGAUGGGAACGCUGUAUGGAACAAGAAUCGACCGCCUCCGACUCCCGACCUUAAGAAGAUGACGGACGAGGAAUUGUUGAAACUUGGCAUACACGUAGCUAACAGACUACAACCUGAUGUGGCAAAGGGCCAGGCAGCAUGGGCCGACAUCGACGAAAGCGAUGAUGAAUGGGAUGCACCAGAGACGAUCACGUGGACCGAUGGCACCAAAACCACGAUCCCCCAUGCCGACGAAGCCGCGAAUGUACCUGAGCCGACUCCAGCUGUGUCUGCACCUCCACCGGCCCCUGUCCCCGCACCCGCACCUGUGCUUGCGCCUGUGACUAGGGAAAACAAGCCCCUGGACAAACCACGCUCGCCAGCUCCGUCAACGGGCUCUCCCUCGGUGAAGCCCAGUCUGCCGUCGGGCAAGGGCCUGAUUCUCAAGGGCGCACCGGAGAAGCCGCAGCUAGUUGCAAAACCUCCAGCGCCACCAACCCCAGUAAAGAGUCCGUGGGCUGCACUGCCGCCCGUUCAAAAGGCUUCCCCCAUGGAAGUGCCCGCAGACCAGCCGCAGCGAGGCGGGCCACCGGCAGGAUCAGGCUACGGCACAAAAGGUGUGACGCAGCCUGCGGCGCGAGAAAUCGCCGCCGAUGACUUUAGUCGAUCGCCCCGACGGGAUCACCGCGAGCUCUACAAUUCUCACUCGGGUCGGUAUGAGCCCGUCGCCGACCGUCGCGGUAUGCCAGCAAGACCUGAAUAUCAGCCGCGACAACCGGCGCUACUUCAAAGAUCAUCCCAUGGAGACUCGCAAGGUCCAGCGGAACCCUCGGCCGCGUUCCAAACAUCCCACACUAGCGGCGGCUACGGCAGGCGGCGCGGGUCUUCCAACGUUAGUGGCGGAAGUGGCAGCUUCCAGAGGUUGGUACGUCCUUACGAGCAGGGCCUGCCUCCUGCAGAAAUGUUAGACCCGCGUCGCGGUUCCUUCACGGGAACCAGCGAUCAUCCUACGUCCCCACGUAACUUCUCGCCAUCUGGUCAGCAUGGAGGACCGCGACAACCCGGUGCUUCACCCUGGCAGAACCGCGCAUCACCGGCAAUAUCACAUGCCGCACCCCAAGUACCAGGCACCAGCGAGAUGCAGCCAGUGCCUCCAGCAGCCCCUGUGAUUGACGACGUUGAGUUUCAGAAGAAACUCAUGAAAGAACGCCGGGAGGAAGCAAUUAGAAGGCGCCAGGAAGAAGAGGCCAGGGAAGAGGCCGCGAAGCAGGAGCGUCUGCGCAAGAAGUUGGAGGCAUUGGGCCCGGCCCCGGAGAGAAAGAGCGAGAAGAAGGAGGCACCCAAAGAGACAGCAGCAGCGGACCAGUCGGACGAGGCGUCACACCAAGCUCCAUCUACCUUGGAAUCGAGGGAAAGCAAGCAAGCCACAACGCUGCCAAACAAAGCGGCCGAGACCAGCCAGGACUCGCUUCCUAAUGGCCUUGACCAGGACGCCCAGACUGAGACCAAGGCUGCUGCAGCUACCGAGAGGCACUCUGCGCCAGAAAACAAACAUGCGCACCCUUGGAAUCCUCGUGUACAGUCUCAAAAUCCCCCGGAACGACUCACGUGGAAUGCAGGCAGUCAGGCAUCCAAGAAUGUGUGGGGUCCACCAACCAAUGACCGCUCUCUUGGAAAUGGAACUUUCAGCGCGGUGCCGACCCAGCAGUCGCAGUUGCCCCAGAUGCGCAGUGGCCGUCCCGGGCCCGGUCCUAUUGCUCCACCAAGCGCGGCGUCAAGGGCACCUGGGCAGCAUUCACAGCCGGGCCCGAUCGGACCUCCACAACGGAGCGGACCGCAGUCGCAAGGCCAAGAUGAGACCGCACAGAGAAGGAACAAAUGGUCGUCUGCUGUCUUGGCGUCGGAUGAAGACAGUCGACAGCAACGUCAAAAACAACAACGUGACCUGGAACAGGACAUGAAAGCUCGAGGAUUGGACUACUCUGACCUGGCUGCUCCCAUUAAUGAGGCAUGGACCUCCACCAAGGAAGAUGAGCAGGGACAUCGAGUACGUGACUCGAUGCAAUGGACCUUGCGCGGCAACAAUGCGCAGAACGCUGCCUCUCGCACCACGGGCGCUGGUGAAUUGAGCCAGCAAGACUCUGCCGCACGGUUUGUGCCUCCGCCUGUGGGUCAACCCGGUUCUGCGGCUUCUGGGUCCCAGCGAUCCAGGUUCUUCCCCCCGAGCCGGGACGCGGACCAGAGAGCACCUCCCGGCCCAGACACCGGCAGGUCUCAUUCCCCAUCGCCCCCACCUCCUGAUAUGGCUGGGCAUCCAGCUUUUGAUGGUGACAUGGCACACCCCCACGUGUCGCUGCCACCGACAAGGCCAAUUGUGAAACUGCCGCCUGCAGCGCCAUCCGCUUCCGCGUCGUCACAACGGCCCGGUCAGACCAGCUCUACGAGGUCUACAUCCACCACCCAGCCGCAUUCUUCCCGGCCCUUCAGCUCCUCCGGACCAGGUCCCAAUCACAGCACGCCAAACUUCUGGCAAGACCGGAUCAAAAAUCUUCUGGCAGACAACUCCUCCAGCCCCUCGAGCGUUGACUCGUCGAGCAGAACCAGUCUGUCGCAGCCCAGCCACCGUGCCGCCGCCACUGUCUCCUUGCCGACGGUCUUCGGCCCAAGCUCAACAGCUGAUGAUGGCUCUUUUUCCACCAAGACAAUGGAUGAAGAUUGCUUUGAGGAGCAGGAGAUGGGAUCACUUCCGCCUGUCCAUCUUCCGACUCAGGUCCCAGAGGCGGCUUGGGAGCCCGCCAAGGCGCCACCUCGGCAAGAUCGGAAGCUCAAAGAAGCAGUCACGACCACUGCUGAACCACUGUUGUUCCAUCCGGAGGGGAGAAGCUAUGUCAUUCUCCUGCCUAGCAUGUCAGGACGUAGGAUGGUUGCAAUGGCCGCGUCAUCCGCGAACAGCCCUCAAGGUCGGCGCCCUCAACGCGCUUCGCGUUACUCCUCGUCAUAUCGUGGCGGCAACCGAAACCGGGAUUCGUCAGAACAGGGUGCGUCCUCAGGCUCAAACUUCAACCGAGGCGGCCGUGGUUCAUAUCGCGGCAGGUCAGACUGGAAUCGUGCCGCGGCGACGCCCAUCCAAACCCAAUAAACUGCACAAUCACAUGUGUUGAGAUCGAUCGUCUGAGGACAGAUACCUCAGGUGGUCAGUCACGCUCUUCGUUUCAUCCAGAACGGACCUGUAAUGGAACGAGACACUCUUGGCGAAUUCUUUUUUUUUCGCUUCCCGGCUAGCGCCAAAAACUGUUCUGAUCCAGAGCCGGUCCUUGUACAACUUCUAUAAUGUCUUUGAGGCCACAUCAUCGUUCUUGGCAUUUUCUACACAUGCACUUGCGAGCGGUCUUUGACGUUGCUGGCCAUGGACAUGACGAAUCCACGAGACGGCGGUUUGGAUGAGUUCUUACACAAUCCACACAUCGCAAGGUACAAGGUGUAGGGGGGUGGGGGUUGGGGCUGGGUCGGAAGCCUGUCACUUACCGUCCAAAAGAUUAAUUGGAAAGGGAAAGGGGAACGAUUAUUCCGACCAAGGGGUCGUUCGACGAAAUACUUGUCUUAGGCCUUAUGCAACAGGUCACAAUCGAUUGUCUCAUGUGCCAACGUGGGCACAUCGGUAACAGCUUGAGGACAUUGCCCUGUUAUGAGAGGAGCGCAACGAGCGAGACAUCUCUCGUGAAGCAACGACCGGGAAGACAUGAGUGAGGGAAAGAAAACUGGUUUUCGUGUGAGACAGGGAGUUCCAAUUGUGGCAGAGCCCUCCAGCCUGUUGCUGAUUCUAGGGUCUCCAUCAAGAUGUUGAUACCGAACUGCUUUAUGCAACACAGAGGGGAAAGUGGUCAUUGACACAAGACCACUCCAACGUACAAUGACCUUAAGACAACUUCCACAGCACAGAGCGCCCUGGUUGAUAUUGUUCCUCAAGGACGGGUCCAAUACUAGGCAGGAACAAAAUACAAUUGAUUCAAAAGUGCUCUUAUGGUGAUGCUCUGUUGCAUUAUUGUGGAAUGGAGUAGUAUUUUUUGGUAGAAUAAGAGGUCUGUGUCUGCGGUCAGUGUCGUUGUGGAUUUCUUUUUUUAAAAAAAAAAUCUUUUUAUUUUUUCCACAGCACCAUGUUGUAAAAUUCUUACAGUAGUAGUUUACGGUGCAACAGAGGGCCAGUGACGAACGUUUGGGGCGCAGCUGGAGCGGAUACACAGUCGUCACAA